GUCUGUCCAUCCUGAUGAACGAUGAAAAGAAGAGUUUGAAAGGAGGAAGGAUUCCUAUUCUAGAUUCUUACUAUCUAAUGGGGACAGCCGAUCCCACAAGAAUUCAUAAAAGUGAUGAAGUUUGUAUUAUCCUUGACAGUGGACAAAUUUCAGGGAAGGUAUUAGUAUACCGCAAUCCUGGUUUGCACUUCGGAGAUAUUCAUGUUUUGAACGCUACAUAUGUGGAAGCUCUGGAAACAAAAGUUGGAAAUUCAAAGUAUGCUAUAUUUUUCGCUACUAGUGGACAGCGCUCCUUGGCCGAUGAAAUAGCUGGUGGGGAUUUCGAUGGGGAUAUGUAUUGGGUUUCACGGAACCCUCAGGUUGGUGUUUAUAUGAGAUUCGCUCAUUCUUGUUAGACGUGUUGUAUUACAUUUGGUUGAUGUCCUUUGCUAGCUAAUGAUGAUACAACCUUGGACCCCCUUCCCCUUCCCCCAC